AUGAGCAGCGGCCACGACAAGAAAGCCCGCCGCGCAGCCACCGCAGGCAAACAGGGCAUCAUCGCGGCCCCGCCUCGCGCCGCCCUCAGCGGCCGCUCGAAAGCCGAGGCCUCCUCGCACGACGACAGCGCAUCCACGAAGAGCGCCGCCGAUGGCAAUAACAGUGGCAAUGGCAAUGGCAAUGGCAAUGGCUCGGAAGCCGAGGAGGCAGAGCCGCAGGAUGGCCGCAAGAGGAUUGCCGCGCUGGAGAAGGAGCUCGCGACCCAAGCGGCCGAGUUCGAGCGCGAGCUGGCGCAGCUGGGCAAGAAGAUGAUGGAGGAGUCCGAGACGGCGCGGUUCUGGCAGCAGAAGCACUCGCAGCUGAACCAGACGUUCCUGAAAGCCGACACGGAGCUGCGGCUGCUGCGGCAGGAGGCGGACUCGGCGCGCGGGGCGCGCGAGGAGCGCGAGCGCGAUGUGAAGACGCGCAUCUCGUCGCUGAUGCUGGAUCGCGAUGCCUUCCGCGAGGCUUAUAACGAGGCCAUGGGCGACUUGCGGACGAAGGAGGAUACGAUCAGGGAGUUGCAGGGGCAGGUGUGGGGGCUGAAGAGCUUCGUCAGCACGAGCUCGAAGAUGGAUGAGCAGGUGACGGAUGAGGCGUUUGGCGAACAGAUGCAGAGACUGGGGAAUUCAAUACAGAAUUGGGUCAUCACAAAUUUCAGGAGGGCCAAAAUCAACACUGACAAGGCGAGCGAUGAGAUGCGGGAACACCUGCUCGGCUUGGUGCCUACAUAUGAAGCUCUGGCUGCUACUUCCAAGGUCCAUCUUAUUCAGUCAAUCGUGUCUCGCCUUUUCGUCGACUACAUUUUUGACGAGUACUUUGUCGGACUUCCCAAGGAACGUGCAGAUGAACUGAAGAAUGUCGAAGAAUAUCUCAAUGCUUUUGGCUCAAUCGAGAGCAUGAACCAAUGGCGUUCGACGACCCUUGCCAUCCUCCGGAAAGAGGCACCGCAGAAACUCCAAAGUGAGACAGCGGCAGUCGUAGAAGCUGUAGUGGCCCAAGUAAACAGCAUUCUGUGCUCAAUCAGCGAUGCGCAAAGCUCAGAAGCAAGAGACCAGUCCCUGCGGGCGCUGAUUGGCAGCUCUAUUGACCUAUCUCGGCUACUCCGAGUCCAAAAAGCGGUCUUUAGUAUCGUUAUGCCAUCCAUCGAGGGACACCAGCGAACGAUGUUUGAUGCAGAGAUCAUGGAGGAUAUCGGCGGCGAGGACGAAGAUACUUUGAAUGAGCGGGAAAUUCGCUGUGUGACCUUUCCCGGGAUCAUCAAGUCUGGAGACGAAAACGGACAGAGGGCACAUCUGAGGAAUGUCGUUUCCAAGAUCCGAGUGCUGUGCGCACCUGACUGA